CACUCAUACAUAUUUGACAAUGAUACAUAAUUAACAUUUUGGUAUCAUUGAUUCACACUUUUAUGGAUAAUAUAAUAUAACAUAGGUUAUAUUAAUAUUCUAGAAUUAAUUUCGCUCUAAAUCUCCAAUUUAUUAAUAUCAUGUAUCUGAUUUAGAAUUUAAAAAUGUCAAUUACAUAUAUCUUAUAUAAAUUAUAAAAUACAUAAAAAAUGUUAAAAAAAGCAUCAUUCUUCAAAAAUUAAAUAAUCAGUUUAGUGUUUUGAGUUACAUUAUGUUGCCAAAUCAGUAACACUAUGCAAAGGUACCUACAAUUUGACACAUGCCCGCCCUUAAAAAAUAAUUUUUUUGAUAAAAAAGGGUAUCAAGAUUUUAUUGUCAAAACAUAUUUUUUACCAUACCUAUAGAGUUUAUGACUGAGUUUCAAUCAUUUAUAAGAUUCACUGUUUUGUGAAGGAGAUAAAAUUAAAUUUACACUCGUUCAAUGAGAGUCUAGCCAUAUGCCUAUCUUAGAUGUUCUUGUCUGUCCAAUAUCUAUUUAUUAAACGAAAUUAUACCAAAAAUUCUCUAGUAAUCUCCCAUUAUUGGAUUUAUACCACAAAUUCCUAUUUGAGAAUUUAUUAUCCGAAUUUUUAAUUAGCUGUUAUAAAUUUAGUAAUUUAUUUAAUAAUAAAUUAACGUCAUCUCUAUUAACAAUUAAAAUCAAUAUUUAUGAAAUGAUAUAUCACUAAGUAUUACAUUUUUUAUUUAAAUAGUAAAUUCAACAAAAUUUAUGUUAUAAUAAUAACUCAAUUUAUUAUAUACACUUGAAAAUUUCACUAUGCAGAAUGAAGUUAACCAACUUUAUAGAAAAGAUUCUUGCGCGCUAAGAUUAUCAAAAAGCUUUAAAAAUGUUUGCAAGCGACCAUGCUAUCAUGUGGUUUGCCCAAAACCGACGAUUAAUAGAGAUCAGUUAACUCGAGAUGAUUAUUUAAACUUGUUAUCAACUCCAAGAGGUUUUAUUUGUACAAGAUUAACUUUUAAUUCAAAAAGUAAUGGUCAUAAAUCAGCAAGAUAUAAGCGAGUCACUGUUGAUCAUAAGCGUUCUAAAAAUUCAGCUUUUCAAAAACUUUUAGAGUCGCCAGACUUUGCCGGAGCUCAUGAAAUUCAAUCUAUGGCAACAUAUUUACAAAAAUAUGGUGCUCUAACUACUAAUGAUGUUAAAAAAUUUAAUUAUGUUAUUAAAAAUAACAUAGCUGAUCAAAAAUUACCAUCUAAAGAAAUUAAAGAAAUCAAUAAUAAUCAAAAAGAAACUAAACACAAUUUAGCAGUUAAAAAAAAUCUAUUUAAAUCUCUGGAGUUCACAAAUGAAAUUAAAUCGAUAGGAACUUAUAUACAAAAACAUGGGCAACUUAAUGAAACAAAACUAAAAAAAUGGGGUCAUCUUUUCAAAAAAGAUUUAUUAAAAUCUCCGAAUUUUUUGAAAAAAAAUAAUAAACUUAAAAUUAGAGAUUUUAAAACACGUGUAAAUAAUUUUCGAAAUAAUGCCAACAUAUCUCCCAUAAUUGCUAAUGAAAAGAUAACAAGAAUUAAUUAUCUACGAAAACGGAACGAGCAUAGUAAGAUAAAACUGAAAAAACAAAGAGAUAUUUAUAAAAAUGUACUAAAACAUCCAAAAAUUAUUCAAAAAAAAAACUUGAGUCAAUCCCUUACACGAAAACAGGACGAACUUGAUAAGGAGGUCGUCAAAAAACGAAUAAAUACUUUUAACAAAUAUUUUAUAAGCCCUCCAGAUUUAACUAAAAAUCUUCAGUCAACAACAUCACUAGUAAAACAUUUAUUUGAACACAAAGAGUUAAGACAAUGGGCAGAUAUUUUUAAAAAAGAUUUAAUGGGAUCUCCAAAAUUUACCGAUGAAGUUCAAUCAUUAAUGAAUUACAUACUAAAAAAAAAGAAAAUCGAAACAUCUGACAUUAAAAAAUGGGAACAUCUUUUUGCAGAAGAUUUUAUGAAAUCAUCAGAUUUCACCAAAAAAAUUCAAUUAAUGGCUACUCAUAUAAAAAAAAAACAUAAUUAUAAUACAACAGAAAAGAAAAAAAAUAAUAAUUUGAAUGAAAUAAGUGAAAAAAACAAAAGAGGUGGUAAUCAACCAUUAGUUAAUGAAAAAGAAAAUGCUGAGAAAAUAUUGAGAUUAGCUAUUAGUAAACCAACAAACGAAAACAAAUCAUUGAAAAAUGUCAAUAAUCAUUUAUUAGUCAAUAACCAACUUACACAAAAAGAAAAUAACUCGAGUGCCUUGAAGCAAGAUAAGUCUACCGGAGUUAUAAAAAAAGGAGAAUAUGAUGUUGAUUUAAUAGAAGAAAACUUUAAACAAGAAGUUCAAGAUAAUAAGAUGAUCAGUAAUAAAAUAGAAUACGAAAAUGACCCCUUGCUCAAUAAUAAGAAAAGAACGUUUUUAAAAAUUGAAAAAAGAAAGAAUAAAAAAGAAGAAGCAUUUAAAAGGAAAAUUGCAGAAGCAGCAGCUUACGAAGAGUUAGUUAAAAAAAAAGCACAAGAACUCGAGCAUAAAGCUGAACUAAAAAGGCUAAAAGAACAAGAAUUAGAAAUACAACGUAAAGAAAAUGAAAAAGAAGAAGAAAAAAAAAUGACAUUACAUCGCAAAGAACUCCUUAAGAAAAGAGCAGAAGCUCUAGAAGCAGCCGAAAAAACCCAUAAACUUGAAGCUUUGCAAAUUAAAAUAAAUAAAAAGUUCCAAGAAAAAGAAGAAUGGAAACAAAAAAUCAAUGAUGAAUUUUUGAAAAACAUGAAAUACACUGCUCAACCAAAUUGUAUUUUAUCAAUUAUACCAAAUCUUAUUAAUAAUGAAUCAGAAUAUAAGAUGAGUAAACGAGGGAAAAAUCGGUUAAUUCAAAUUAUAAAACAGAAAUUAAAAGAAAUAGAAGAAUAUAAUCAAAUAUUUGAUCAUGGUGGUUUAAUGAAACAAAUUAUCAAACGAGAAUUAGAAAAUACCAAAACUAAACAAGUAAAAUUUUCUAGAAGAAAAAAUAUAACGAGUAAUGAACAUUUUUUGUUUUAACAAAACAAAUGAAUCAUUGAGAGUAAUGAGAAAUUAAUUAAACUACAAAAUUUUAAGAAAAAAGUAGAAUUUAUAACGAUUAAUAGCUAAUUAAAUGCAAUAAUAAAAAUAAUAUCAAUGAAGUAAUAAUCAAAUAUGAUAACAAAUGCUUAAUAAAAUGUCUUAAGUUACUUAUUACCAAUCAAUAGAUACUCAACACAAACAAAAUCAUUAACAUCAAGAGUAAAAAUUAAAUAACUUUGAGAUAUGUUUCUUACAUAAUAAUACAAAUUAAUUAUAAAUUUCAUUUCUUUUAUAGAAAAACAAAUUAUAUACAUAGAUCCAUACUCAUGGUUCUAUGGUGAAACUUAAUAUAUUUAUAAACAUUUAUUUACAAAAAAAACUUUUAAUGAAAUAUCUAUAUAAGUUAUUAAACAAGAUAAUAGACUAGAAUAAAAUUGAAUGAUUUUAAUUGAAAGCAUCAGUCAUUAUUU